AUGUCUUCUAAAAAGCUAUUCACUCUUGAGGAACUCUCUCAACACGACAAAAAGGGUUCGUUGUACGUUGCUAUUAAAGGCAAAGUCUAUGACGUAUCAAAAUUCAUUGACGAGGCAGGUUCAAAGCAUUUAAACCAAAAAAACGCAUAUUUAACUUUUUUCACCAGUAAUUAUGAACACCCUGGUGGCGAAGAAGUCCUUCUUGAUGAAGCAGGGCGGGAUGCCACUGAUGCAUUUGAAGAUGUUGGACAUAGUGAAGAAGCCCUUGAAAUCCUAAAAGGGCUAGAAAUUGGUGAAUUUGUUAAAGCAUCUGCCACAAUGUCUUCUAAAAAGCUAUUCACUUUUGAGGAACUCUCUCAACACAACAAAAAGGGUUCGUUGUACGUUGCUAUUAAAGGCAAAAUCUAUGACAUAUCAAAGUUCAUUGACGAGCAUCCUGGCGGCGAAGUCGUCCUUCUUGAUGAAGCAGGGCGGGAUGCCACUGAUGCAUUUAAAGAUGUUGGGCAUAGUGGAGAAGCCCUUGAAAUCCUAAAAGGGCUAGAAAUUGGUGAAUUAAUAGUAUAG